AUGGCCAGCACCUGGGAUUACGGUCCCUUGGGCGUGGAACUCAAGCGCAAUAUCAAGGACGUCUGGUGGCGCAAGUUCGUCUGGGAGCGUGACGACAUGGUCGGGCUGGACUCGUCCAUCCUGAUGAACCCGGAAGUGUGGCGCGCAAGCGGUCAUGUGGACAGCUUCACCGACCCGUUGGUUGACUGCCGGGAAUGCCGUCAGCGCUGGCGCGAAGACCAGCUUGAGGAGACAAAAUGCCCUGCUUGCGGCGGCGAACUGACCGAGGCGCGUAACUUCAACCUGAUGUUCAAGACAUUCGUCGGGCCGGUAGAGGACGACGCGUCGGUCGCGUUCCUGCGUCCCGAAACAGCGCAGGGCAUAUUCGUGAACUUCGAAAAUGUGCUCAACUCAUCGCGCAAGCGGCUGCCAUUCGGCAUCGCGCAAAUCGGCAAGGCGUUCCGCAACGAGAUUACGACCGGCGGCUUCAUCUUCCGCACACGCGAGUUCGAGAUGAUGGAGAUCGAGUAUUUCGUAGAGCCGGGCACCGAUGAACAAGUCCAUGAGCAAUGGAUUGAGGACUGCCUCGCCUGGUACACGGACCUCGGGUGUGAGCAAGGACAGGCUUCGAGUGCGCCCCCACGAUGCAGACGAACUCUCGCACUACUCCAAGGCGACCUAUGA